AUGAAUAAGCUAUUUCCUGACCCCAAUGUGGUGGAGGCACGCUGUGACAAUGGUCUGGUGCGUGGUCAUGCUUACUCCAUCACUCGCAUCAAGUAUUGUGACAUCCAGACUCCAAGGGUGUCAGGCAAGAUCCCUCUGGUGCGCAUCCGUAACCCUUGGGGCAAUGAAGCAGAGUGGGUUGGCCCCUGGAGUGACAAGAGUCAAGAAUGGCAGUUCAUUCCUCCUGAGGAGAAAGAAGAGAUGGGUCUCACCUUUAAACAUGAUGGGGAGUUUUGGAUGUCUUUCAAGGACUUCUUGACCAACUUCACCAUGCUGGAGAUGACCAACCUCAACCCAGACUCCCUGGAGGACGAGGACAUCAUCGGCUCCGUGCAGCACAAGUGGGAGAUGAGUGUGUUUGAGGGAGCCUGGAUCAGGGGCUCCUCAUCUGGCGGAUGUAGGAAUUUCCUUGAUACAUUCUGGCACAAUCCUCAGUACAGAAUCACUUUGACUGAGGUUGAUGAUGAUGAUGACAACAAGUGUACAGUGAUUGUGGCACUGAUGCAGAAGAAUCGCCGUUCACAGAGGAAGCUUGGCUUAGAGUGCCUUACUAUUGGCUUUGCAAUUUAUUAUUUACGAGACCCAGAUGGUGUUCCUCGGCCUUUAGAUCUGAACUUCUUCAAGUAUUCUGCCUCAGUGGCUCGUUCCCCAUCCUUCAUCAACAUGAGGGAGGUGUCUUGUCGCUUCAAGCUGCCCCCUGGCACUUACUGCAUUGUGCCAUCCACCUUUGAGCCUAAUGAAGAAGGAGAGUUCAUUUUGAGAGUCUUCUCUGAAAAAGCCAAUGAAAUGGAGUAUGUGGCCAGCUGUGCUAUGCCUAACCUGGGGUGUAAUACAAUGCUCUACAAGACUGUUCCUUUCCACCAGGUGGCAAUGAGGCUAGGACCAGUGUCUUGCCAGGGUGUAGUGCUGCACCACACAGAGGACAUCCGUUGCCCCUUAAAGCGUACCAGCCAGCCUGCCCACCACACCCAAGUCAACAACCACUCUGUCGUCAUUGCAGAAAAACACAAUCAACAUGACCUGUUCUCCCCUGAGCCUGACCCCAAUGUGGUGGAGGCACGCUGUGACAAUGGUCUGGUGCGUGGUCAUGCUUACUCCAUCACUCGCAUCAAGUAUUGUGACAUCCAGACUCCAAGGGUGUCAGGCAAGAUCCCUCUGGUGCGCAUCCGUAACCCUUGGGGCAAUGAAGCAGAGUGGGUUGGCCCCUGGAGUGACAAGAGUCAAGAAUGGCAGUUCAUUCCUCCUGAGGAGAAAGAAGAGAUGGGUCUCACCUUUAAACAUGAUGGGGAGUUUUGGAUGUCUUUCAAGGACUUCUUGACCAACUUCACCAUGCUGGAGAUGACCAACCUCAACCCAGACUCCCUGGAGGACGAGGACAUCAUCGGCUCCGUGCAGCACAAGUGGGAGAUGAGUGUGUUUGAGGGAGCCUGGAUCAGGGGCUCCUCAUCUGGCGGAUGUAGGAAUUUCCUUGAUACAUUCUGGCACAAUCCUCAGUACAGAAUCACUUUGACUGAGGUUGAUGAUGAUGAUGACAACAAGUGUACAGUGAUUGUGGCACUGAUGCAGAAGAAUCGCCGUUCACAGAGGAAGCUUGGCUUAGAGUGCCUUACUAUUGGCUUUGCAAUUUAUUAUUUACGAGACCCAGAUGGUGUUCCUCGGCCUUUAGAUCUGAACUUCUUCAAGUAUUCUGCCUCAGUGGCUCGUUCCCCAUCCUUCAUCAACACGAGGGAGGUGUCUUGUCGCUUCAAGCUGCCCCCUGGCACUUACUGCAUUGUGCCAUCCACCUUUGAGCCUAAUGAAGAAGGAGAGUUCAUUUUGAGAGUCUUCUCUGAAAAAGCCAAUGAAAUGGAGAAAAGCGUACCAGCCAGCCUGCCCACCACACCCAAGUCAACAACCACUCUGUCGUCACUGCAGAAAAACACAAUCAACAUGACCCGUUCUCCCCUAAGACUCAAAGGGUUCUCAAUGCAACACUGCUGAUUUCAUGAUACUGACAAGAACUGACUGUCACCUUGCUAUGUCCAACAGGAAAAGCGUACCAGCCAGCCUGCCCACCACACCCAAGUCAACAACCACUCUGUCGUCACUGCAGAGAAACACAAUCAACAUGACCCGUUCUCCCCUGAGAGGUGAACCAGGCCAACACAAGACAGAUGGGAUGCAAGAACACUGUUGACACAUCAAUACUUCAUACAAGGCAAUAAAGCGGCUACCACCACCAUGACCACCAUGACCACCACCACCACCAUGACCACCGCCACCACCACCACCACCACCACCACCACCACCACAGCACUCAGCGUGGCACAGAAGGAACAGAGCCAGGCGGAAAACAAGGACUAAGAUCCACUGCCACUUCCAAAUAAGACACCAGGAGGAGAGACAAUUCCGUGCAGUUUGUCAGUGAAGUAUUACAAAGGUGAGU